UGUCAGGCUCGAGCUCGGCUCAUUGACAGCUGCCCUCCCGCUCAAGGCUCUCUACCGCUCAGGGCCUCAGGUUCAUCUCCUCCCUCUGUUUCUCUUCUCAAACCCUUCCCUUCUCUCGAAGAGAAACUCUCUCCUGAUCUCCUCCCUUGCUCGAGAUCUUCCUUCCCUGGCGACGACGACUGGGCGGGCGGUGGCCCAGCCCUUUACCGGCGACGAGCGCAUCCUCCAGGUCAUGGCAGAGACCAUAGAUUUAUCAGGGGACGGAGGUGUUCUUAAGACGGUGGUCCGGAAAGCAAAGGAUGAUGCUAUAGCGCCAUCUGAUAGUCUGCCCCUGGUUGAUGGUACUCAUGUUCAUUCUUGUGUUUUGAGCAAGCAUUGCAUAUUUCAUUACGAAGGCACACUUGCUGAGAAUGGUGAAGUUUUUGACACCACCCAUGAAGACAACUCUAUUUUCUCAUUUGAAAUUGGACAGGGGGCUGUCAUCAAAGCAUGGGAUAUAGCCUUAAGAACUAUGAAGGUUGGCGAGGUUGCAAAACUUACGUGCAAGCCAGAAUAUGCAUAUGGAACUGCGGGCUCACCACCGGAGAUACCUCCUAAUGCAACCCUCAUUUUUGAGGUGGAGUUAGUUGCUUGCAGGCCGAGGAAAGGUUCAAGUGUGGGCAGUGUCUCUGAUGAGAAAGCCAGGCUUGAGGAACUUAAGAAGCAGCGAGAGCUAGCUGCUGCUACCAAAGAGGAAGAAAAAAAGAAGAGGGAGGAAGCAAAAGCCGCUGCAGCAGCCAGGGUGCAAGCAAAGCUCGACGCCAAGAAGGGGAAGGGAAAAGGGAAGGGAAAAUAGAUUACAACGUUGCUGCUGAUUACUGUAACCUAGAAAAUAAUAUGGGAGCAUCCAAGUCAAGCUUGGUUAUUUACUAGCUACUGUGCUUGAAGUGCGCUGCUCCCUUGCUUCAGUCUAUAGGACUUCUGCACUAAAAGAGUGAAAGGUGCAAAAUAAGGAGAGAAAUAUUUGGCAUCUAUGCAGAUCACCAAUCGUACCAUUUGCUUUACCAAUUGACAUCACUGCUGAUUUUGGUUAA